AUGGCUACGGUUUACGGUGACGGCGUUCGCCGGAAGAAAAUAGCAACCUAUGGCAAAACCGCUCGAAAGCGCAUACCAGAAUUCAACUUCUCAUCAGCCUCCCAAAAAUCGCAAUCGCAAACGCAAACGCCAGAGGUGGAAGUGGAACUGGAAGCUGAAACCGAAUCAGAAGUGACUGCGCCUCUGGCAAAGCGUCCCACGCAUUCCCCAAAUGUGAACGGAUUUCACCAAAGACCGUCAUCAAGGACGCCGUCAUCUGCCUCGCCAGUACGCGGCGGCGACAUUUUCGAUGUGCCUUCAAGUGACGAGGAAGUCUUUCCCACCCCGCGCAAGCUGGCUCCCAAAGUCAGCAAGAAGACGACGGUAGAUCGGCUACCCAAAAAUGCGAAUCCUAAAGAAGUGCCAGAAGUAAGAGCAGAAAAUAUGGAGGGCCGGAAAAGGGCGAAACUCUCCCCAGCUCGAAAGGCCCCUCUCAAACCCCCUCUAAAGGCCCCAUCGACAAAAGCCACGACAUCAAAGCCUCUACCCAGGUCACCAGCCGCGAAUAUAGAUAAUAAAUCGCCAGAAACGCUGUUCGUAAGCACUGUGGUUGCCAGACCAAAACUCAAGGCCGACCAAGCGCAAUCAAAAGCACCACGAGCACCGCCAAUGGUUAGCAUAUCACCAAGCAAGAAGUUGCAAUCCGGCACACCCUCUCCUCAGUUGAGCGAUGUGGAUAUGAUGGAUAUGGACCCCGAUUCUAAGUACAUGUCUCCAAAAGGGCUACUGAUGUGGAAAGGACUGCUGAAUUCGGUUGAUGCCAACGAGGAAGGAGAUGCCAUGGAUAUAAGUGUUGAGCCGGUUCAGUCAUCAAGGUCGCAGUUAAAAGCAUCUGUGACAUAUGAGCACAGGAAAUCCCCCUCCAAACUUGGAGGAAUUUCGAAACCCCAGCAAAGCCCUCGUCAUAAACUACCCCGCCGUCGAUUGAUUGACUCUCUAGUGGAACAAAGCAGAGAUCAGGACGACACGGAUGAGGAUGACUCAGAGGAAAACACCUCUGAGUCCAUGCCAGAUGUUUCUCCUUCUCUUGCUCCUCCCUCGACGUUGGAAGAUGUGCCGAUGAGUCAAAGUCUUGCAACAGCGACUCAAGAUCAACCCGACCUUCCCCCAAGCAGCCAGAACUCCCAAACAACCGGCCCAAAAAUCACCUAUAGUCGACAGCGAUCUAUGCUAGCUGAGGCAGAUCUUAUGCAACAACUAGCAUUGGACAUGCCCACGCCCCCAGUUCAAGGCUCUCAAGGCCGGCGCCCUCGUAGAGGAGAAAUACCAAAGCUCCCGUUACCACUUAGUUUUCAAGAAGACGAUGAAGACGGUGAAGGUACAGGAGCUGCUAUCCGCAGUGUGCAUGAAUUGCGACAGGCUGGCGCAAAUAGUCGAUUCUUAGAUGAGGUAGAGGACUUUCUUGACCGGGUUGGAAGUCCCAAUGCCACGAAACCCUCAACGAGAAGAUCUGGUCUUCUAGAUAUCGCAUGCAAACUGAAGGACAAAAACUUUACGAGGCAGUUCCGAGCGAACAAUGUUGAGCAACGCUUAUUCGUGCAUUUGGGCCAAGAGACCGAUGUCAUAGCUGGCUAUCUUAUGGUGUCAAUGCUUGUGACUGUGUUAGUCGAUGGCAGCGUACCCCCCUUCGUAGCACAGCUACGUCGGCAAGGAAUUGCAAGGCUCCUCAUUCGCCUUCUAGAUGUUCAGUCGGGCAUUGUGGCCGUUGCAAAGGAGAGAAAGUCGAACAUGUCGAAGAUUGGUCAAAAACUACUAUCGGAGCACCAUGAAUAUAUGUUACAGCUCCCCAUCUGGGAGGAUCUGCAACCACAAAUAUUAUCGCCGCAGACAAUCGCGUUGAAGUGUCUGGAGAUUAUGGUUCGUCAAACAAGAGAAGCUGGACACGAAGGCGACGUCUUCUCCAAAGAAUUGACGACCAAAAUUUUCGCAAUCUUGAAGUCUGCCCCUGAAGAUAGCUCAUGGGACCUCCCUAGGAGCCAACAAGCGAUUGACUUCCAUCUCGCGCUGUCGGCACUAGAGUCCCAUUCCAUUAGAGCCCGGACGGUUCGCGAUGAGAGUAUUUGGAUCACGGAUUAUCUGCCAAUAAUUGCAGACGCUCUUGAGGUUGGAUUAACACGACCAGUAGACGGGUUUGGGGUGCUCCAGCUUUUGCUUUUGCGCCUGACGCUGAAUGUCACAAACAACAACCCAAAGGCCUCGGAUGUAUUUGCUCGAGAGGUCUUAAUGUCUGCGAUGGGCCAGGCCAUCGUUGCGAAAUUCAAAAUGAUAUUUCGCUUCUUGACCGAAGAAGACUUCUCGGUGGCUGUGGAUCAUCUCAUUUUGGUCUUGGGGGUAAUGAUCAACUUUGCCGAGUGGAGCUCUGCUGCUCGAGAAAGCCUUCAAAAUCUACAGGGCGACACCAGCGAUCCUCUGGAUAGCAUGAUCCAGACGUUUAUAGACAACCAGGAAAGAACUUCCAUGGCGGAGUCAGUUGAAGAGAGCCAGAAGAACGUCGCCUUUGGCUAUUUCUCAGUGCUACUGGGAUAUCUGUCAUUAUUGCCAGCUAUCUCUCAGCGGAUCGAAAACCGACAGAGGAAUACACCUCGUCUCUUAGUAGCGUCAAUCGAGGAAUUCAUCGGCCACCACAAGGCUGUUGACCUCAUUGCAGCAGAUCAAGAAGGAUAUAACCCGCAAACGGGUUUAACGCAGCGAUUAGAAAGUCUUGUAGAUAAAUUAAGGAUGUUAUAG